AACCCCAUGCGCAUGCUUAAAAGGGAUUCAGAGACAGGCACUGGCUUCCAAUCUCUGUUGGGUGAGCCUUUCGUCCAGAGCAGGAGCUGAUUAUUCUGUUCUCUCUGGCCGACAAGAGGAAACUCCAAGCUCUUUUCAAAAAAAGAAGAUAAAAGAAACUAGACAGAAAUGCCACAGAACGUGGUGCUGGAUGGACCGGCCCCAUGGGGAUUUCGGCUUUCAGGAGGCAAAGAUUUCAACCAGCCACUGACCAUAACUCGGGUGACUCCGGGCAGUAAAGCAUCUCGGGUCAACCUGUGUCCUGGAGACAUCAUUCUGUCCAUCCAGGGAGUGUCUACAGACGGCAUGACUCACGCUGAAGCCCAGAACAACAUCAAAGACUCAACCAAUCAGCUUUUCCUCAAGAUAGAGAGGCCUGAAACAAAAAUCUGGUCACCUCAGGUUAUUGAAGAGGGGAAGGUGAACCCAUUCAAAAUCAAUUUGGAGGCAGAGAAGCAAGACAUUGAUUACUUCGAACACAAGUUUAAUGUCAGACCAAAGCCCUUCACAUCUGCAAGCCAAAGGAGUGACAGUACAUCUCAGACGCUGAUGGGAAAUGUAGCUCAGAUGGCUGGCACCCCAUCGACAGCUCAUUCUGUACAGUAUAACUCCCCCGUUGCAUUAUACUCGGCAGACAAUGUAUCAAAUACAUUGCAGCAGGCUCAGAUGUCCACUGUAGUCAGGCAGGCAUCGCCCAGCUCUAAACCGCUGACGUCUAUUGAAGACUCCCAUGUAUACCGUAUGCUCCAAGAUGCCAACGAGCAGCCACAUGAACCACGUCAGUCUGGAUCAUUUAAGGCCCUGCAAGACUAUGUGGAGAGUGAUGGCACAAGGCCCAUGGUGACUAGAAGUGUAAAAGCUCCAGUGACAAAGCCCCAAGCCGCCACUUCUUCACUGCAGAAGCUGCCUCUCUGUGAUAAAUGUGGCACAGGCAUUGUAGGAACGGUGGUGAAAGCUCGGGACAAGUACCGCCAUCCAGCCUGUUUUGUGUGCUCAGACUGCGGCAUGAACUUGAAGCAGAAGGGCUACUUCUUUGUGGAUGGACAGAUGUACUGUGAAGCCCAUGCUCGAAUGAGGAUGACCCCACCAGAGGGACAUGAUCUAGUUACAGUGUAUCCUACUGCUUAGACUGAUGCCAAAACUCAGACCUCACGCAAAUGACAGCUGAAAUCAGAGAGUUGGUAAUUCAUAGCUACUUCUUGAAGUUUUGUUAAAAUCACAAAUCUGGUUAGUAAGUGGGCAUUUGUACACAAGAACAAUGCACUAAAUGAUGAAUGGUUUUUCGUUUGUGUUUUUAAAAAGGUUGUAUAUACAAACCCAAAUAAAAUAAAGUUGGGACAGUAUAGAAAACGUAAAAUAAUAAAAGGAAAGUAGUAGGGAUGUUCCAAUCAGAUUUAACAAUCAAGUAAUAAAUAUCAUAAAUUCUUCA